UCGCUCACAUUUCAUUUUCAAGUCAAGUGUCAAAAUGGCAGAUGAAAACGGGAAAACAACCAACUCAAGAAAAGAAGAAUCAAAGAAAAAGCCUAAACGUUACCCAAACAAAAACUACGCUGUUAAAAAAAGGCUUCCCCUAAGACCUAUAGAUGGAGACAAUGUUAUAUUUAUCACCAAAAAGACAAAUUUCAAGGCUCAGCUAGACAAAUGCUGCGAUCUCAUAACUAAAGGUGAAAAGGAGAUAAUCUUGCAUGGCCUAGGAGCCGCUAUACAGAGGUGCUGUAACCUGGCAUUGCAGUUGGAGAUAUUGUUCUCAGGAACAUGUCAAGUUGAAGUAAACACAGGGACUGUUGACUUAGUUGAUGAUUUGGAGCCUCUGCAAGAUGAUUUAGACUUUGACUCUCAAGUCAGACAUUCAUCAUCUAUCCACAUCCGAGUAUUCAGAACAGCAAUGCUUGGUGCCAAUCAGUAACUACCUGGCUACAAAAUGUUUUUCUCACUAACAGAAAUUGUGCAAUGGAUUGGACUGACUGUAUUUGAAAUUUGGAUCAAUUUGAUAACAAUCACAAUAUUCUCUGUUCUACUUGCAUUGAAAAUAGACAAUCUAGUGAAUAGUGCUUGGUGGACAGUGUUUGCCCCUUUGUUUGUAAGUGAUGCUAUGAAUGCAUAUUUUUGUUGCAUUGUUUGUAUUAGAAUGAACUUGGAAAGUUCAUAUAAGGCCUCACUUUACAGAGCACUGUGGAGUGCAAUAUUUCUCGGACUGACUUUUGUGUUUAAGUUUCUCUUGUGUA